CUUAGAUGGCAGAAGUUAAAAAGGGUAAAAAGAGGUCACAGUCUUAGUCUCUCUGUUAAACUGUUCCUCCUAUUUCUUGCGCUGCAGCAGCAGGUGGAGUUUGGUGAGGGAGUGUGGUGCGUGUCUCGUAGCGGUGCCAGCGACGAUGCAUUGCAGUCAGCUCUUGACUACGUUUGUGCAGCGGGUGCUGACUGUACCCCCAUUCAGCAGUCUGGAUUAUGUUUCCUCCCUAACACUCCUCAGGCUCACGCCUCCUACGCCUUCAACAGCUUUUACCAGCGCAAUCAUAUGUCUGCUUCUUCUUGUGACUUCUCCGCCACUGCCACCCUCGCUCAAACUGAUCCCAGCUAUGGAUCUUGCAUCUACCCUGCUUCUCCAAGGUACAUAUAUGAUAUAAUGAUCUGGAUCAUCAUCAAGUUGCCGCCCUUGCAAGUUGCUUUAUCCCUGGAGAUACGUCAAAUGAGCAGAUUCAUCUGCGAGCGGAACUUGCAAAACCCUUACAGCAACUCCAAGACAGUGCACGAAGAAUAGCACAGUGGUCAUACAUCAUAUUGCAGAACACUUGAGUGCUUGUUGCUUACUUCAGCUAUAGUUGCACCUUAUUGAAGUAUUUGGAUUGCAUUGGAGGCUGGUGCUGCAGUUUGGUGCAUGGGAUUCCAAAAAAUCUGAUCGCCUUAUAACAUUUAAGGAAUAUGUUCAUAUGGAUAUAUUAGUUUACCUUAAUGUUAAUUGUUAUUUAUUUGUACUAUAUCUUGUAUUUAUGAACAAAAAUAUUAGAAAUGAAACUUUUAUCUACAUGUA